CGCCUUAUCCAGUAAAAGUUUCCCUUUCAUUAUCUGUCCUCUAUAUAUACCACUAAUCUCACACCUGUGUACCAGGAUAAGUCGGGACGCAUGGCAGCAGUAGCGAAAGCUGCUGUACUCUGACGCGCCUUAGCGGACACGCGGCCUAUCGUGGCUAAACGGUCGGCUUCUAUCAAACGGGUCGCUUUAUUUGCUCCGAAGAGUACCUUUAGAUUACGAGUCUACGAACAAUGGCCGACGAACAUGAGACCCCAUCCUCUGCGGAGGAAGACCUCCCGGUCGAGUCGCUAAUCCAGGGACGCGCGAAGCGAAGCACCGCAGGGCUUCACAUGUCGGCUCUUCUGGAUGCUGCCGCCGACGAUGACCUUGCACUUCUGUUCGAAGAAGUUGAGGACGACAACGAGUUUGCCGUGGAUGCGGAAGAUUUGGGCGGAGAGGAAGACGAUAUGCGUUUUGAAUCUUCGUCCGAUGAUGAAGACGACCAGGGUCCGAGCGCCAAGGACGAUGACUUUGAAGGGGAACAACAAUUACAGAAGGCAGAACGAGCAGACAAAAAGAAGAAGAGAGCGAAGGAAGAUCUCAGAUACAAAAUAGCCGCCAAACGAGUCAAGAUCGAUCCCACCGCCGUGUCCGCAGUGCCUGCCCCGCGACCGAAGAAGAAGUCCGAACGCGUUUCGUGGAUCCCGACGCCCGAAGAAGGGCCAACGAGAUCGUCCUCUCGUCGACAAACCAUGCAGAACAAGGAACUUACGCAUGCACGACUCAAAGACAGCGAGGAAAAGCGCAUUCGUCUCAUUGCGACCAUGGAAGAGGCAGCGAAACGGAAGGCUCAAUUCAAGCCGAAGGAGAUGACGCAGGCUGAACGUCUUGCCGAAGCUGAGAGAGUAGAACGGCACAACAGCAAAAGCCUCAAUAGAUGGGAGGAAAUGGAGAAAAGAAAAGCCGAGGAAAGAAAAGCGAAGAUUGAGGCGCUGCAAAACCGCCGUCUAGAGGGCCCGGUCAUGUCAUACUGGAGCGGCAUAGCAACAUGGGCCGAUGGUCGCUUAACGCGCAUUGGCAAAGUCGAUAUAACUCCCAAGCCGGAAAAAGAGGACACUACACGCAAGAAGAGCAAGAAGCUGGACAAAGAAGGGAAAAAUAUGACAGAGGAAAAACCGCCCGAGGUCAGUGCUUCUGUUAAGCCUGCCACGUCGCAAACAGCCCCUCAAACUACCGCUCAGCCCGAAAGCUCGAAGGAUCCAGUAGUAUCUGAAGAAGGGAAACCCGUGAAGGGGAACUCAGAACCCUCCAUAGCCCAACCAACUGAUCCUCAGUCGGUUCAAGAAAGCACGGCCCCAUCAGAAAGCAAAACGACCAAUGCCGACGGCGAGGCUUCCCCAUGUGCUCCCGAAUCUACAUCUGCACCCGCAACUGCACCUGCAGAGGCUUCAGCCACUGCCCCGGAACAACUACCCGCUUCUGCGCCCGUAAAGGCGUCAGGUACAGAGACAACGUCGGAAUCACAUCCGGUCGAUGUUGAAAUGAAAGAGGCAGAACCACAGACCGCCGCUGGUGAUAAAGCCCUACAGGGUAGAGAAUCAGAAGUUUCCGAGAUUGAGAACAAAGUUGAGAAAUCCGACGCAGAGAAGCCAGAAGAGUCUUCUGCGAGUGCAGCUCAAGCUCCACAGUCCACGGUGCAGGCUUCGGACGACCAGGAUCUUGCGGCCAAACACGAGAAACAAGCGGAGCUAGUCGCACCAUCUGUGCAGCCGAAAUCCAAUGAAGCCACACAGCCUGCGCAGGAAAACCCUUGUGAUGCAGCAAAGCAACCUGUUCCUGAGCCAUCUGCAGCCACCGGCCCAGAGUCAGAAACAGUCGCAGCCUCGGAGGAGCUUUCACCUACUACAGUGCCGGCCGCUGCUGAUGCACCUUCGCAAGCCGACGCACUCAAAAAUACCUCGAUGCCAACACAGUCGGAGAAGGAGAUUCCGGGGCCACAAGCUAGUCAGCCAAUCUUCGCGACUGAGAACGCACCGCAAGCAGAGGUUCCUCAACCUCCUCCAGUCAUUGAACAGAUGGGACGCAACCUGACAAUCUUGGAGAACUUCGAUGAAAGGACUGCACAAAGCCGCGAGUUCAGCAUUUACUUCAACGCGAAGAAGCCCCCAAGGCUUACCAAGAUAUCCUCAUCCCUCUGUGUGAUUACAUCACUUCCCUCUCGUUAUCGCGACCCCGACACGUCUCUCCCUUUCGCAAAUGCCUAUGCUUAUCACGAAAUUCGAAACGCGGUGUCGCAAAAGUUCAGUUGGAGCCCAAUGCUUGGGUGCUAUGUAGGCCCAGCUGGAGUAGCUGCGCGGGGUGUUCCAGCAAGGUUUCUGGGCGGACCUGAAGCAAAAGAGGAAUCCAAGGAGAGCGCACCUACUGCGAGUGACAGGGCUACCAACGAAUCGUGUGCAACCAAAGCGGAUGGCGAAACGAAGACUCCAGCCGAAGCUGAAGUUUCGAUUACCUCUACACCUAAUCCCGAUUCCGCUGCUGCACCUACUCCCACCCCGGUGGCCGCGGGCGAUCCAAUGGAGAUUGAUAAAUAAUCAAUCUGACAGCCUGGGCUAUCUCCAACCCCCAAGUGUAUAAUACUACGAUCCAGUCAAUGAU